AUGCCACGCGACAAAACAGGCGCCGGCGUCGCCGGCCGCUUCGGUGUUGAGCGCUCGCCGGACAUGCUGGCGAACAUCCAUGGCCGCCUGAGCUGCCUCGACCGCAUGUCCUUUGCGUCGGUCUUCCGCGAGUCUCGCGACUCGUUCAAGCCGGAGGCGCCGUGGCUCGUCCUCCCCGGCGAGACACUGGAGUCGGCCACAGUCCUGUCCCUUGCCGAUCGCCGCGCCCCCGCUGAGCGCGUCCCGAGCCCCGCGAUGCGUGGCCAUGCCUUGAUCGGCUCGUCGCGCGGGUGGCUCGUCACCGCCGACGAGCGCGGCCGGAUGAGUCUCGUCAACCCGGUCACCAGCGAGCAGCGCGCUCUCCCUGCCAUCACCACCAUCCCCUGCAUCGAGGAGUGGACCGGGCCCUCCCUCUUCAUCUUCGACCUAAAACCCUUUGUCAGAGGGCCCCCGUACGCUCGCGACGAGCCGUACCCGCACGAGAAGUUCACGCUGAGAUUGCACCAGAUGCGCAACGACCUCUACCGCAAGGUCGUCCUCUCGGACGGUGGCCAUGGCGCCGCCAUGCUGAUCACGGGAUGGCUUUUCGGCGUCGCGGCCUUCACGACUCUGGAGGACGCAGUGUGGAGGUUGGCGCCCUCGCGCGACGGCGUCGAGGACGCCAUCCACCACGACGGCAGGUUCUACUCUGUCACGUACUCGGGCGCGGUUGAAGUGUGGGAGCACGACACAGACGGCGGUGUAUUCACGAGCGCCACGGUCACGCCUGGUCCAGCCGGCGCCGGGUGGACCCACCCAGGGCUUUGCCGCAGGUACCUCGUGGCGGCGCCGGGAGGGCGGUUCAUGGUGGUGCUCAAAACGGACAGGUACAACAGGAGCCGGCGGACGUCCUCGUUCAAGGUGCAUGUCCUCGACGGAGCGCAGUGGAAGGAGACGGGCGACAUCGGCGACACCGCUCUGUUCGUCGGGGCGAACGAAUCUUUGUGCAUGUCGACGACGGUGCACCCGGAGCUCAAGGCCGGCUGUGUUUACUUCACUGAAGACCAUCUGGGUCAGGCAUCAUUGUGGAAGGACGCGCCCAGUUAUGGCGAUGACGGCCAGCGUGGCCUUGGGGUGUUCUGCCUCAAGGACGGCACAAUGGAGAAAGUCGAGGGGCAAGGGUGGCACCGGAGCUGGCCACCGCCAGCGUGGUUCACGCCUUCCAUCCCAUGA